GUACCCGCGGAGAGACGGCACAGGGACGGCACCGGGACAGCGGGACACCCCCGUCCCCCCGUCCGCGGGGAGGAACCGCCGCCGCCCCGCCCGGCCCGGCCCGCCCCGGCGCGCUGAGUGGGCCCGGCGGCGGAGAGAAGCGGCGGGCGGGCCGCCACGGGGCGGGGCGGGACCAGGCGGCCGAGCCCGGCGAGACAGCGGCGGAAAGUGCCACGACUCCACACGGCCGCGGCGGCGAGGAGGGACCGCGACCCGGCACGGGCACAGAAGAGUGAGRCAGGAUGGAUGUGUACGACCCUCAGACGUUGGGUGUCAUGGUCUUUGGAGGCUUCAUGGUGAUCUCGGCCAUCGGGAUCUUCCUGGUGUCCACCUUCUCCAUGAAGGAAACCUCUUACGAGGAGGCCUUGGCCAAGCAGCGCAAGGAGCUCGAGAAGACCCAGCAGCAGAAAUUGGAGAAGAAGAAGAAAGAGAAACCCCUUGAGAAAAAAGGGAAAGCGAAGAAAAAGGAAGAGAAACCCAACGGAAAGAUCCCGGAGCAGCAGCUCGCUCAGGAUGUGACAGACCCUCCCAAGGAGGUGGCUCCUGAGCCUGCCGUGGUGCCCGAGCCUGUGACAGUCGAGACCCCAAUCGCAGCGGUGGCAGUUGUCCCYCAGGAGAAGGAGAAACCUGUUCCAUCACCGAAGGAGAAGAGGAAGAAGGAGAAGAAGGUGGCAAAGGUUGAGCCAGCUCCUAGCCCGGCGUUGGCUGCGGCUCCUGUCAGUGUCCCCAAAAGCUCUCCCGUGCGGGAGGUGACCCCAAAGGAGGUGCCCGUGGUGGCAGUGCCGCCGGUGGGCACUCAGCAGAGCGCUCCCGUCAUCGGCUCUGUCACCAUCAAGAAAACCGAGGCUCUCCCAGCACACGAGGAUCAGAAGCACGACACACCUGCCAAGAAAAAAGCUGCAUCCAAGAAGAAGAGUGAGCCAGCACCUCCAGACUCAGACGGGGCGCUGUACCUGCCCUACAAGGCGCUGGUGUCCACGGUCAGCAGCAUGGUGUUCAGCGAGGGCGAGGCGCAGCAGCUCAUCGAGAUCCUGACAGAGAAAGCAGGGAUCAUCCAGGACACCUGGCACACGGCCACGCAGAAGGGUGACCCCGUUGCUGUCYUGAAACGCCAGCUGGAGGAGAAGGAGAAGCAGCUCAGUGCUGAGCAGGAGGAUGCAGCUGCUGCCAAGAACAAACUGCGGGAGCUGAGCAAGGAGCUGGCAGCUGAGCGGACCAAGGCGGUGGCCGUGGAGGGCAAGCUGAAGGAGCAGCUGCUGGCCCGCGAGCGGGAGAUCGUGGCCGUGCAGGCGCGCAUGCAGGCCAGCUACCAGGACCAYGUCAGCGAGACCCAGCAGCUCCAGGGCAAGAUCCGCAGCCUGCAGGAGCAGCUGGAGAACGGCCCCAACACGCAGCUGGCUCGCCUGCAGCAGGAGAACUCCAUCCUGAGGGACGCCCUCAACCAGGCCACCAGCCAGAUGGAGAGCAAGCAGAACGCUGAGCUGGCCAAGCUGAGGCAGGAGUGCAGCAAACUGGUGAAAGARCUGUCUGAGAAGUCAGAGGUGCUGCAGCAGGAGGAGCAGCAGAGGAAGAGCUGGGAGCUCAAAGCGGUGGCGGCGGAGAAGCGAAUUGAGCAGCUGCAGGCUUACCAGCGGGAGGCUGAGCUGGUGCUGCAGAAGAGGCUGGACGAGGUCAACGACGAGCUCCGCAAAACCCAGAGCAGCUACAAGAGCCUGCUGGCAGAGGCAGAAAAGAGCAAAGGGCAGCAGCAGAGCAUCGCUGAGCUGCAGGCCAAGCUGCUGARCUCCGAGGCAGAGGUGAAAAGCAAGCUGCUGGAGCUGGACAGUGUGAAAGGCAGCCUGCAGGAUGCCAGCUCGGAGAACACAAAGCUGCUGGAGAGGAUCAAGUCCAUCGAAGCUCUGCUGGAGGCGGGCCAGAUGAGGGAGGCAGAAAAAGACAGAGACUUGCAGGCAGCCAACGAAGCAGAAAUGAAGCAGCUGCAGUCCAGGCUCCAGGAGAAGACAAACCAGCUCUCAGCCCUGGAGAGGGAAGCCACGCAGCUGCGAGAGGCCGUGGAGCAGCAGAAGGUGAAAAACAACGACCUUCGGGAGAAGAAYUGGAAGGCGAUGGAAGCACUGACCACGGUGGAGAAGGCGUGCGAGGAAAAGCUGCUGGCUGCUACAAAGGAAAAGGAAGAGCUGGCCCAGCAGCUGGACGCGCUCCGGGUGCGAACCAAGCAGACGCUGCUCUCCGCCCUGCCCAGCGUCACCGUGUCCUCACAGCAGGAUUACGACACGUGGCUGCAGGAGUUCAAGGAGAAGGCCGUGGGUGUGCUAAAGCAGCAGCUGAUCACAACAGAGCUGCCAGAUUCAGCUCAGAAAUURAAAGAGGCAGAGGAAGCGCAAAGCACUUUACAAGCAGAAUGUGAGCAGUACAGAACGAUCCUCGCAGAGACAGAAGGGAUGCUGCGAAACCUGCAGAAGAGCGUGGAGGAGGAGGAGCAGGUGUGGAAGGCAAAGCUCACGGCCUCCGAGGAGGAGCUCCAGAAGUCACAGCUGCAGCUGAAAUCCCUGGAAGGCGUGGUGGAGAAGUUGAAAGCAGAUGUGCAGAGCACAGAUCAGCUGAAGGAAUACACSUCUCUUCUGGAAACACAACUGGAAAAUCACUUGGAGACAGCCAGCUCCGAGCGCCAGAACUACACAAAAGAAGUUGGAGCUUUGAGGCAGCUCUUAUCAGAGUCCCAGGAGCAGCUGGAGGCAGCAAAGACUGAAACRCAGAAGCAGAGCAAGGAGCUGGCCCUGUUGAAAACCCAGCUGGAGCAGAACGAAACGCUGGCGGAGAGGGAGCAGACGCUGCGGCAAAAGCUGGCACGGGAGCUGGAGGAGGCCCAGAGCUUAGCACGCAGCUUGCAAGCCGAGCUGGAGAAGCUGAGACUGGCUGAACAUGCAGCAGCUUCAGACAAGGAGGAGACCCAGCAUCUCAAGGAAAGGCUUGAAAAAGAAAAAAAAUUAACAAAGGACCUGGGCCAGGCAGCAACCAAACUCCAGGAGCUCCUGAAGGUUACCCAGGACCAACUGGCCAAAGAGAGAGAAAUGGUGAAGAAGUUGAAAGAACAGCUUCAAGAAACGGGAAAAGAGGACAGUUCAAAGGAAGGGACUUCAGUUUGACGAGUCUGCACCCUGGACCUUACAGUUAAACUUACCAAAAUGCCUUACACAUUCCUAAAAAUAAAAAUUUAUGCUAAAUUUACUGUAGAUAAAAGAUACAAGCCAUUAGUGACCCAAAAAAACCUAGUUUUGAAACUUACAAGAAAACAUACAAAAAAAAAAAAAAUCCCAAAAAACCAACCAGUAAACACUGCAGUUUGUAUGAAMAUCUUGAUGCUGUUUUGUACAACUCUUCGUUUCCUGGGGAGCUGCUGUGGCCACACCGGGCAUACGCUGGGGUUUCACCCUCCUGUUCCAACAGAACCCACUGACAUGUGAAAAGGGAAGACUGUGUUUGUACAUCAACCAGUGCAAUUAUAAUUACAUAUUUUUCCUUUUUUUUUCCUUUUUUUUUUUUUUUUUGGAGUGAAAGGAGUGUGAAAGUAAGACCCACCAUGGAAAGAUGCCCUCUUGGAUGGGUGGCUCUUGGCACGUGCAUUUCUGGGUGUUGAUGCAAUUAAAAUGAUGUAAUGAGAA